AUGAGGUGGCCAUCCAGAUUCUCAGUUGCAGCUACUGCGCUGCUCCUUAGCUCUGUCUCAGCCCAAACAUGGAGUUCAUGCAACCCCCUACACAGCACCAACUGUCCCAACAACGAUGCAUUAGGCAUGAGCAUCGACAUCGACUUCUCCAAAGGCGCAGUAAACUCUUUCGCAGCCUCUGGUUCUCCAAAGUACGACAAUGAGGGUGUCUCCUUCACCGUCUCUCGCGCCAACGAUGCGCCUCAACUCGCUUCCCUCUUCUACAUCAUGUUCGGCCGUGUCGAGAUUACAAUGAAGGCUGCGCCUGGCGCUGGUAUCGUCUCCUCGCUCGUUCUCCAGUCCGAUGAUCUCGACGAGAUCGACAUCGAGUGGCUCGGCUCCGACAAUGAUGAGAUCCAGUCCAAUUUCUUUGGAAAGGGCCAGACCACUUCAUACAACCGUGGCGAGUUCCACGACAUCACCAACACACAAGGAGAAUGGAUCACAUAUACUAUUGAUUGGAACAAGGACCGCAUUCUCUGGAUGGUUGGCGGCACCGUCAUCCGCACCCUAAACGCUGGAGAUGCACCCGACAACCAAUACCCUCAAACCCCAAUGCAAGUCAAGUUUGGAUCUUGGGCUGGUGGCGAUCCCAACACGAACCCUCCUGGAACUGUCAAGUGGGCGCGUGGACCUACAGACUUCUCCAAGGGCCCCUUCACGAUGAAGGUCAGGAGUGUCAUCAUCACAGAUUACUCUACCGGCGAUGAGUACAAGUACAAGGACCAAUCUGGCUCAUGGCAAUCUAUCGAGUCUAUUGGCGGCGAGAUCAACGGCAAUGAGCACGGUGAUGCCGUAACCGUAACUGCUACUGCCCAGGGAACCAUUGCCACGCAGAACGGAAACGUCCCUGUUGGAGGUAUCGGCGAGGACGGAAGUCCCGCCACAGCUACACAGACUGGAUGGCCUUGGACUGGCUCCCGUCCUUCUGGCGGUGCCAUUCCUGAAGGAUGGCGCCUCAACGCCGAAGGAAAGAUCAUCCCUGCUGAAAACGGCGCCAUGAGCUCCUCUCAGCCCUUCCACAGCCUCAUCGCUGUUGUUCCCUUCUUUGCUGGCAUCAUGGCCUUUGCCGGAAGGUUUGUUUGA